AUGGAAAAGGUGAAUAAUCAAGAGAUUGGAGCCACAGAUCCAUUGCCACAAAGCUCUUCGUCGGCUCACCAGCAGGCUUUGCCCAUCGAGUCCAAGAAGUCGAUCACCAUUCUACUGGACGCACGCGAAAAACACGAGCUGCCGCGCAAAACCCAGUCCGACAGCAGCUUCGAGCACAGUCACACCUCCCUGUUGAAUCCAGCGAAGCAAUUAGCGAGAAGUCCUCCAGACCCCGAUCUUACGCUGCCAGCAACGUGUUCGAGUACCCCGACGGCAGUAGGUUGCGUGAUGGCGGCAAGAUGCAAUAGCAGUGCCUGCACGAUUGGAAGCGCCGAGCUGAUGGUAACCGACUCGCAGUCCUCGGGCUAUACCACGGAGAGCAGCUACCAGACGGCCACGGCGGGCAGCAACUACAGCCUGAGCAGCACCUCCUACGUAAGCCAGCAGCGGCCCUAUCCGGGCAACUAUCUGCACGAAAUCCAUGUGGCCGUGGAAGCCAACGCAACGGAUGUACACGUCGAGGCUAUACGGAAUGACCUGCGCAACCUGCUCUGCAACGAGGUUGCGCUCAUCCACGAGGCAUCCGGCGGGAUGAGGCAAGCCAUAUAUCUAAUUGCCUAUCAGUACAUGUAGGGAGUGCGAUUGUUUUUCAAAUACAAUUCCUAAAUUUCUAGUCUCGCUUAAA